AGUUUUUGUAAUAACAUAAGCUUUAUUUUUUACGUGGUGAUUUAAAAUAUCUCACUAUGCGGACGAAAAAUCCUAUGGCUAAAAAGCCGCAACAAAUACUGUUUUCAAAAAAUACUUAUGGACCUAAAACGAAAGUGGUGAAUUGGGAUUUCGCGGUGCAUGCGGAACCGAAGGAUAACUAUGUCUACCGGGAUGAACUUAGUAACCACCUUAGCACCUAUUUACGGUUAGGUACCGAAGAUCAGGGUACGAGCAUGACAGAGACUCGACAUAUGCUGGCCCAGAUUUUCACGAAAACCGAUCCUGUAUAUUCAUUUAAACCUUUGGUCAACUUCACCUCAUAUCCAUGCACUGACACUCCCAGCCGUAAUAAGCUAAUGAAGACAGCUGAUUUGGCACAGCUUCCUCCAGAUUUUGGCGUGAUGGAUUACUUAACAAAUCAGCAAGAUGACUAUAGAAACCCUUAUCCAGCUGUAACCAAACCGCUGACGAUGGCUUCACCUACUUGGCUUUUGAAUCGUGUCAUCCGGUCAGACUUGACACACAAUCAUGGAACAGCGCCACCUCGAGGUGAUUACCAAUGUCUCGACACCCACACACCGAUCGGCCACAUCCGCCAAUUAAGACUAUUCCGCUACCAGUCUUUCAACCCCGCAACAUGCCUCCAAGACUUUCCUAGGUUAGAUAAAAGGCUAGAUGUAUAAAACACCCAAUUUCAUUCAAACAUUUAUUUACUUUAAUAUUU